GCCCGGCGCGGCGAGGCCGAGGCACUCCGGGCCCUUUUCAAACCCAGCGGUAGCGGGGCUGCGGCCCUGCCACGAAAUGGCGGAGAACGACAAGCCGGAGGCUGCGGCCGCUGCGCCGCAGCGUGCAGCCGAGAACGCUGCUGCUGCCGCCGCCAGCCAGCCGGCGCCGCCGCCGCCACAACAACAACAGCAGCAGCAGCAGCAACAGCCGCCGCAGGAUGAGGAGGCGGCGGCGGCAGUGGCAGUGGCAGUGGCAGUGGCAGUGACAGCAGCAGCAACCGAGAGCGGCGGAGGCAGCGCUAAUGGCGUCAAAAUGGAUAAUGAUGAGACAGCAAAAGAAGAGAAAGCACCUGUGAAAGAGAAGUAUGUUGCAAAACCAAAGGCAAUCCCUUCUCUUGGAAGCAAGAAUAGAUUCCACCCCUAUUCAAAGGACAAGAAUGCAGGCACUGGAGAGAAGAAGACUAUUAAUCGCAAUAGAGUUUUUAUUAGCAACAUCCCAUAUGACAUGAAGUGGCAAGCUAUUAAAGAUCUUAUGAGAGAGAAAGUUGGUGAGGUUACAUACGUGGAGCUGUUUAAGGAUGCUGAAGGAAAAUCAAGGGGUUGUGGUGUGGUUGAAUUCAAAGAUGAAGAAUUUGUUAAGAAAGCGUUAGAAACUAUGAACAAAUAUGAUCUUAGUGGAAGACCCCUGAAUAUUAAAGAGGAUCCUGAAGGUGAACAUGCUCGUAGGGCAUUGCAGCGUGUAGGAGGACAGUUUCCAGGAGGACAUGGAGCUGAUGUGGCACCUGGAAUAAUGAAUUUACCACCUUCUAUUCUCAAUAAUCCAAACAUUCCUCCUGAGGUUAUCAGUAACUUGCAGGCAGGCAGACUUGGGUCCACUAUCUUUGUUGCUAAUCUUGACUUUAAAGUUGGUUGGAAGAAACUGAAGGAGGUAUUCAGCAUUGCUGGAACUGUAAAGCGUGCGGACAUCAAAGAAGAUAAAGAUGGCAAGAGUCGAGGAAUGGGAACAGUUACCUUUGAACAAGCAAUUGAAGCUGUUCAAGCAAUAUCUAUGUUCAAUGGACAAUUCCUGUUUGAUAGACCCAUGCAUGUAAAAAUGGAUGACAAAUCAAUUCCUCAUGAAGAUUUCCGUGUUGCAGACAGCAAAACUUCACAAUUACCUCGUGGUCUUGGUGGCAUUGGCAUGGGACUUGGACCAGGUGGACAGCCCAUUAGUGCGACACAAUUGAGCAUGGGUGGUGGAAUGGGGAGCAUGGGUCCAGGAGGUAUGGGGAUAGAUGGUCCAGGAUUUGGCGGAAUGAAUAGAAUGGGAGGCGGACUUGCUGGAUUUCGUGGAAUGGAAGGAAUGCCUAAUAUGGGAGGAUUUGGAGUCAACCGAAUGGGAGAAAUGUUCCGUGGUGGAAUGGGAGGAAACAUGGACAGAGAUUUUGGUCGUAGUGACAUGGCAUUGAACCGUGGUUUUGGAGAUUCUUUUGGAAGGAUGGGUGGUGCAAUGAUUGGUGUUUUUGCAGGAGGAAUGGGAGCGCCUAGCAUGGGCCCAGUAAGAUCUGGAAUGAGUGGUGGAAUGGGUGGUAUGAACAGUAUGGCUGGAGGAAUGGGAAUGGGGAUGGAUCGGAUGAGUUCUGGUUUUGAUCGAAUGGGACCAGCUAUGGGUGGAGGCCUGGACAGGAACAUCGAUAUCGAUCGAGGGUUUGUGCCUGGCCCGAUGGGAAGUGGCAUGAGAGAGAGAUUAGGCUCUAAAGGCAACCAGAUAUUUGUGAGAAAUCUUCCUUUUGACUUGACCUGGCAGAAGCUAAAGGAGAAAUUCAGUCAAUGCGGUCAUGUAAUGUUUGCAGAAAUAAAAAUGGAGAAUGGAAAAUCAAAGGGCUGUGGAACAGUCAGAUUUGACUCACCAGAAUCUGCUGAAAAGGCCUGUAGGAUAAUGAACGGCAUAAAAAUCAGUGGCAGAGAAAUUGAUGUACGCUUGGAUCGCAAUGCAUAAUUUAAAACUGUAUGUUCAGGAACAUUCCUAUGUCUGUUUAGCUUCUCUACCCUAGUAAGUCAUUUUUAGUAACAUUGUAUGCUUACAAAAGCUGUAAAAAGGAACUUUUAAAUCCCACCAGCCUUUAACAGUAUAGUGUUUAAUAUACUGUGAUACUUGUUAACUGAAUCUUACUAUGUUUGGUUUUUAAAGACAAUUUGCCUGAUUUUUGUUGGUUUUUUUAGAGGCACUGAGCACCUGCAGGUCGCUAUAGACCAUGGAAGCUUUGGAUGCUCAGUGCCUUUGGAAAAUUAGGCCAAGUGUCUCUAGUCAUUCAGUUUAAAUGAAUGGUUAUACUGUUUUUAAUAAAAUAAGCCAUUUUCUCUGUUAAUCUCAAGAUUGCAUAGUGGGAUUUGUUUAGUGUUUUCUGAUUUUCCCCCCCCUCCCCCCAGUGUGUAUCAACAUUGUAAUGUAAAAACUAGAUGUCUUUUUUCAGAAUUUUGGUUUUCUAUGUGCAUUGUAGUCAUACUGUAAUUCUUGACUCUAAAAGAAAGGGCUCCAAUUAGGCUGUGAUGUUUUCGUUCUACUUAAUAUUACUUUAAUGACAUGACUUAGUUCUGUAAAUAAGAUUUAGAGCCCAAUGGGAGUUUUGUUGUUUUGUUGGGUUUUUUUAAUUUUAUUUUGACUAAAUGAAGAAACUGAUCUUUCUCUCCUGCUUUUAUUUUUUUCAUCAGUAUAAUCACUGAUUAAAAUUAGUUACCAC